GCUCAUCUUCUGUGCCACAUUUCCUUUGGGGCUCCUGGAGCAGCCAGCCUGCACUGCCAUCCCCAUCCAGACCUCACCAGGCACAGGGAACAGGAUCCAGAGGGAUUGGGAGGGCCGGAGAUGCAGCUGCUGGCCGUGCUGGGCUGUGCCCUGUCCCUGCUGUCCCUGCUGUCCCUGGUGUCGCUGCUGUCCCCGGGGGUGGCGGAUGAGCAAUGCCCACCCCCCUGCAGCUGCAGCUCUCUGGGGGAUGCUCGGGGCACACGCGUGGAUUGCGCCUCUCGGGGGCUGCGCUCGCUGCCCGCGCUGCCCCGCCUGACCCGCAGCCUGCUCCUGCACAACAACAGCCUGGCCUCCAUCCCCAGCGGGGCCCUGGACGGCCUGGGGCUCCUGCAGGAGCUGAAUCUGUCGCACAACCCCUGGCACUGCGACUGUCGCCUGCUGUACCUGCGGCUGUGGCUGGAGGAUGCGGCGGUGGCCGCGCUCGCCCCGCUGCGCUGUGCCAGCCCCGCCGCGCUGCGCWUGAGAGCCCUGCAGCGCCUCACGGGCAACGAGCUGGGGCCCUGCAAGAGGCUCCUCCCCACCAAGUGCCUCCAGUUCUUCUGGCGAGACCUGCUUUUAAUUGCCGGGGCCAUCAUUAGCCUGGUUUUGGCGGCGUGCGCGCUCAAGUUSUCCAAGAAGCUGCGGUGCCGGCUGCUGCUCGGGGCGCGCCGGGGCAGGAUCGGCUCCAAAAACCGCAAGGUGCAGUGAGCUGCGAGCUGCCUCAGCCCAAACACCGCUUCAAAUGGUGACUGCUACRAAAGCUCAAAGCCCGGGCCCUCAGA